CGGGCAGUGGGUGAGGGGCAGCGGAAGGGCCGGGCUCCUCCUCCCGGACACGUUCAGUCACACACAGAGCGGGGCUCAGUCACACAUACAGGCCGGACUCUGUUAGACCUAGAGCGGGAUCCCAGCAGACGAGUCACUCGCACCCCAGCCCGCCAUGCUAGGUCCCUCCUGAGGCCAGUACAUCCCGGGCCGCUCGUAGUGGGACAUGUUCGGGAAGGGGAAGAGCGGAGCGGCGCCGUCUGACGGCCAGGCCCGGGAGAAGCUCGCUCUUUAUGUUUAUGAAUAUUUGCUUCAUGUUGGGGCCCAGAAAUCUGCACAGACUUUCCUGUCUGAGAUACGAUGGGAGAAGAAUAUAACCCUUGGGGAACCUCCAGGCUUCUUGCAUUCCUGGUGGUGUGUAUUCUGGGACCUGUACUGUGCAGCGCCAGAGAGGAGAGACACCUGUGAACAUUCAAGUGAAGCGAAAGCUUUCCAUGAUUAUAGUGCAGCCGCCGCUCCGAGCCCAGUGCUUGGGAACAUUCCUCCCAAUGACGGCAUGCCAGGGGGGCCUAUCCCACCCGGGUUCUUUCAGCAGGGCCCUCCGGGCUCCCAGCCCUCCCCACACUCACAGCCACCUCCUCACAAUCCUAACAUGAUGGGGCCGCACAGCCAGCAUUUCAUGUCACCUCGUUUUGCUGGUGGCCCCAGACCGCACAUCAGGAUGGGAAGUCAGCCUCCAGGAAGUGUCCCAGGAUCCCAGCCCAUGAUGCCAAACUCCAUGGAUCCUAUCAGACAGCAAGGACACCCCAACAUGGGAGGCCCCAUGCAAAGGAUGACCCCUCCUAGACUUAUGGGUCCAAUGGGCCCUGGGCCUCAGUCUGAUCCUUGGUUGUCAUUGCAGAAUUACGGCGGUGGAAUGAGACCUCCACUCAACUCUUUAGGGCCCGGAAUGAACAUGGGGCCUGGAGCAGGCAGACCGUGGCCGAACCCCAACAGUGCUAAUUCAAUUCAAUAUUCUUCGUCCUCACCUGGUUCAUAUGUGGGACCUCCUGGGGAUGGGAGAGGAGGGGGACCUCCCGGAACGCCAAUCAUGCCCAGCCCUUCAGAGUCAACAAACUCAAGUGACAAUAUUUAUACCAUGAUAAAUCCCGGGCCAGGAACAGGAAAUCGCUCAAAUUUCCCAAUGGGUCCUGGCUCUGACGGCCCCAUGGGCGGAAUGGGUGGCAUGGAACCACAUCAUAUGAAUGGGUCGUUAGGAUCUGGAGAUUUGGACGGACUGUCUAAGAAUUCUCCAAGCAACAUAAGUGGCAUUAGUAACCCUCCAGGAACACCACGAGAUGACAGUGAAUUGGGAGGAAACUUCCUUCAUUCCUUCCAAAAUGACAAUUACUCGCCCACCAUGACGAUGAGCGUGUGACACCCAUCUAAACUCUGACAAAAACUUCAACUCGGCUGCUGCUCGGAUGGUCACAAGGAUUAUGGAAGAAGAGGUGCGCGGGACAGCCCCUUGGAUCAGCUUGAUGCAAUAAAAAGCACAGGCUUGUGUUUCCAUAAAUCAUGAAGGACAAGGCUCUCAAGAUGAGGAAAUAUUUUCCGAGGAUCUGUACAAAAGACUUUUUCUUUUCUUGGAGACAGACUGAAGCAUUGCGUUUCAUAUGGAUUGUUGCAGUGUCCAUUUUAUCGUUCUGUGUCUGUGACGUGAUAUUCAAAGAAUAGCUGAUAUAGGAAAUUUUGUGUCUUUGGGUUUAUUUCUUUUCAAAUAAACCGAACAUUUUUUCCUCCAAAGAGACAAUCUCGCCCUGCAAGCCGUGGUUUUGUUCUCUCCCUCCCUCACUGUGCAGACGUUUGUCACCUGUACUUGGGCUCGGCCCGCACUGCUUUCUUUACCUCAUUGAAAACUUGAGCCUCUGGUAUAAACACCUAAGACUUUUAUUUUCUUCUGCAAGAGCCAUGAAAAACUACAAACUCGAUACAACCGUAUUUGCUCUCCUCUUCCCCCUCCCCCCCCCCGAGAAGCGAUACUAACAGGAUCAUAGUCUACUAUUGGGUGGUAAUAUAUAUUUUUAAUUAGUAUUGAAACCUACUUUGUAUUCUUUUCUGUGAGGAGGCAAUGGCAGGGUGUGGACAUUCAUAAAAAAAAAUCUUUCGCACCAGAGCCUGUGCCGAUUAGCUAUAGCCAACACUGUAUCUUUUUUUCCCUCCCAGUCUGGUUCUAAAUGAAAGAAGGAAUGUGUUUGUAGUAUUUUCUGUUUGUGUUUUAUUAAAAAAGGGAUUUUUUUUUUGCAUCCACUUAAGGUAUUUGUGGGAUGGUUGAGUUACUGAUAACAAAUCUUAAACCUAUUAUUAGAUGUCUCUUCUUUUUCCCCCAUAACAACCCUCCUGGGUUAGUGUUAGAGGAGAAAUGAAUUGUGUACUUGAAAAAGGGACGGUCAAAUGCUUCUUACUGUGGGAAAGCUUGGAAUGGAUAAUUUCUCCCCUCCAUGCUGGAAUAAAUUCAGACAAAAUGA